CGCUCUAGCCGCAUGCUCCGGAAAUUGCGUCAGCGGAACUUCCGGUCCGGGGAAGGGGACUCUCCCUUUUCCCCCUUUCCCUUCCACGCCAAGAGCUGCGAUGCGUGUGGAGAAGUGCUACUUCUGCUCCGGCCCCGUCUACCCGGGCCACGGGGUCCAGUUCGUCCGCAACGACUGCAAGGUGAGUGAGGGCGCCUCUGAGAAUGGGCAGAGUGCCGCUUCUCCUCAGGCAGGCAACGUGGCGGGGAGGGCGGGUCGGUCUGUGGAGACGUCAUACCCAUCCUUAGGGCUCCUCCAUAGCGGCCUGCCUCUCGAGGGCUCGCAUGAUACGUGUCCCCCCUUUAUUGGGCAUUCAGACGUGGCUGUGUGGCCGCUGCGGUUGGUUCCCGAUUGGAUCGCGGGAUAUUCACUCAUCUGCCCAGGAACCAUCCCUUCACCCACCCACCGCACUUUUCAUUUCGCUUCCCCAUCUGCUAAAAGUCUGUUGUUGCUUAAAAGUGGGUUGCUGUGUUUCUCAGACUUGGGUCCCCAGUUGUUGUUCCUCUAGAACUUCCUGAAAGCUAGGAAUGAUGGGAGUUGCAGUCCAAGAACAACUGGGGACCCAAGCUUGGGAGAAACUGCUGGGGCGGCAGGGGUCUCUAACACACCUUAGUUGUGCCAGCCGAAGGUUUUGCUCUGCACUUGGCUUUCUCCUGUAACGUAGUGACAGGCCAGAAGCAGCUUUGGGAACUCCUGCCCUUGAGGGUAAACACCGUUUCCUAGGCUGCUUGGAUUGUGGCAGGAUCUGAACAUCACAAUAAAUGUUGAUAAAGAGAUUAUUGAGGGAAACCCAGAUUGUUCCUCGUUGGGUGGGUGGGGAGCAUUUUUGGCUGCAAAAGUGUGGCUCAGUUGACUGAUAACCGGCUUGGGUCUGUGUGCCUGCGGUCCCUCACUGGAGUAGAUGCCACUUUAUUAUCCGUCUCUCGAAUGGGGCAGCUCCAGAUUGACCCCUUCUUGUCUCCCCUUGGGGAGCAGGCAUUGGGUUCUCUCUACCCAAAGGGCCCCUUUGUGGUUCUGGCACAGCUUUUUGACCUGGAAGCAUUUUCUAUUUGCUCUCUCUUCCUGCAGGUGUUUCGGUUUUGCAAGUCAAAAUGCCACAAAAACUUCAAGAAGAAGCGGAAUCCAAGGAAGGUCAGAUGGACCAAAGCCUUCCGCAAAGCAUCUGGGAAAGAAUUGACAGUGGUGAGUGUGCGAGUCAGGGGUGCUGUUGGGCACAUCACUGUGCCCCAACCCCAUUCAAGCAAGUGGGAUUCUAGGAGUGCUGUAAAAUUAUUAUUUAAAGGUUUUGAGGCACGGAAGUGUCACUGAGCUUGCACUGCUGGCCUGCAGCUGUGGAGCAGCUGCUGAAAUGACAGAGUAACUUGAACAAACAAAGUCAAGUCUGCUGCCCAAAAAUGUAUUGAUUUUCACUGGCGUAAGAGAUGUGAGGGGACUAUUAGAAGCUUUUAUUCAUAAUGUUCCACAUUCAGAGGCAGGUUGUCUCUUUGGAUAUCAGCUUCUAUGGAGCAUCAGUUAUACCUUCAUGUCCCAUUUGUGGACAUCUCUGGCAUUGUGGGUAAUGGAAUGCUGGACUAGUUGGAUGCACUUGGUCUGAUCCUCCUUUUUGGUGAACUCAGCUUUGGUCCACUUGCCCAUGUUUUAUCUUCCAAAGUGAUGUUACUGCAGAGCAUUCUCCAUGCUCCACAUCACAUCACAGUCACAACACCCACCCACUAUGGAUGUACUUAAGUUGGUGAUUGGACCUUUUUGUGUUGGCAUUUUUGCUGCUUUUUCUGUGAAAGGGACUUCUUGUUGAUUAUGGUCUUAGAGAUGAGUGGUGAUACAUGCAGUUCAGGAGGAGGUAAGUCAUUUUCUUGCCUUUGGCUUGCAGCUCUGAGCAGCUGUGAGUUCUGUGCUGGACUUGCAAAUGUUAUGCUGGACUUGCCUCUUUUGAAAAAUGUUUCAAAAGGAAGACAGGUGUUUGGGGCACCAGCUUGAAACCUAGUUGUCUGACACUAAUUCUUCUGCUUUUAACUAUGUAGGAUAAUUCAUUUGAGUUUGAGAAACGGAGAAAUGAACCCGUGAAAUACCAGCGAGAGCUUUGGAAUAAGACAGGUAUGUUCAAUUCCUAUAUGCGGUGGGGCAGGAUUUCAAAAAACACAAGUAAUGUUAGCAACUUGUUGUUUUAAAUCAGCAUAACUUAGCAGUUCACAGCGUGUGAAAUUUAAAAGUGUCUGUGAAAUUUGUGUCAGCAUUUUCUAAUGGUGUAAAUGGAAUCAUGGGAUGGGAGUUGAGCUAAUUAUCAAGUAUAGCUAUUACUACUACUACUACUACUACUAGACUUUAUAUACCACCCUAUACCUGCAGGUCUCAGGGAGGUUCACAGGAUAAAAUCAGAAUAUAAAACCACAAAGUACAUAAUCAAAGUAAAUACAACAAUAACCCAAUAAUAGCAAUAACCCCAAAUAUGCAAUUACUGAACAUCUGAUGAACACGUGCAGAAGGCCAUAGCACGUGAUAUAAACAUUUCAUUUGUUGAAAGUCCUAUGUUGCUCAAUUGUAAUAAAGCCCUGUAACCCUGUAAAGUCAGUAUUAUCCCUCUUGGCAGGUGGAACGGGAACCUGUCCAAGACCAACUAGUGAGGUCAUGGCUCAAAUGCAGUUAAUUUUAAUAUUACAAUGUCUUUCUUUUUCAGUGGAUGCAAUGAAGAGAGUAGAAGAGAUCAAGAGAAGGCGGCAGGCCAAAUUCAUCAUGAACAGGUGAGUGGCAGUAAUCCCUUUUCCCUUUGAGGCAGCAGCUGAGGGUGGAGGGCUUUGUUUGACCCCAGCUGCAUGUUGUAAAAUCGCGAACGUUUUGCAGUUGGGAUGAGUGGAGCUAUUUAACACCAUUGGCAAAAUUUACAGUUUGCCCUGAAGUCCCCCUCCCCCCCCACAAAUUGGUUCUCUUGGGGUCCAUUGAGAUGCCAGAGAAAUUUGGAAAGAACAAUUUGCUUCUCAUGAUGUUUCUGGGGGCAAAAUCAAUGAACAAGAUCCACCAGUUAAAAGUGGGAAAAGCGGUUGGCCUUGUUGUUGUUUAGUCAUUUAGUCAUGUCCGACUCUUCGUGACCCCACGGACCAGAGCACGCCAGGCACUCCUGUCUUGGUUGGCCUUACAAGGUCAAAAUUGUCGGAAUUACCCAAUAUGACCACGUGCUUUGCUGUGAGAGGUGUUUUUUGUUUGCUUUUUAAAAAUGGCUAAUAGCUGGACUUUCGUGAGUGAUAUCUCAGUUAUUUUUGACAGGCAUGAAAUGUGUGCUCCAAUUUAUUAAAAUCUGCUUGUACUCUUACUUUCAUUGAUUUUGCAAUAAGAGUGUUCCUGUUCAUCUCUCCUCUCCCACCCACCCCAGAUUAAAGAAGGGGAAGGAGCUUCAGAAAGCACAAGACAUCAAGGAGGUCAAGCAGAACAUCCACCUUCUCCGGGCUCCCCAUGCAGGUGAGGCUGGCUGAUCAGGAAGUCAAGAGUAUUGUUCCUAAGCAGCCUUUUGUAAUAUGAAAUGGGGAUCUUAAAAGCAGUUGGCCAGUCUUGAUGUGAGCUGCAUGUUGACUUGUGCCCUUUGGCUCCAUUCUCCCAGCUCUCAAAGCUAAGCCAGAUCAGAAGCCAGAGGGGCUUCCCUGAGAAUUCCACAGGGGGGUUUCUUCAUUAAAAUUAUCUGUAUGCUGCCUUUGGGGGCCUCGUCUGCCCAAAGUAAAUACAGUGGUACCUCGGGUUACAAAUGCUUCGGGUUACAAACACUUUGGGUUACAAACUCCGCUAACCCAGGAUGAGAACGGAAAUCGCGCACCGGCGGCAGCGGGAGGCCCCAUUAGCGAAAGCACGCCUCAGGUUAAGAACGGUUUCGGGUUAAGAAUGGACCUCCGGAACUAAUUAAAAUCACUAUACUAUACUAUACUAUACUAUACUAUACUAUACUAUACUAUACUAUAAAAUCACGGUACUAUAAAAUCACAAAAAAUGCAAAAAAUCCAUAAAUAAUCCUGACAAAUGCAGCAAAAUUUAAUUAUAUUAAAAAGGCCAGUUAAAGAUGGAUUAGACUUAAUUAAGAGAAGGUGGGUUUUUAAAGCUGUUUAAAAAUGUUCAGUGUUGAGGCCACAGCAAAACCUCUUGAGGGAGUGGGAGUUCUGCAGUCUGAUGUUUUCCAGAGGACUAUGGAAUUGAAAAUUUGCAUUUUUAAUUUCUUUUCAAGGCAAAUCCAAAGAGCUGGAAGAGAAGAUGGUUCAGCAGUUACAGGACACCAUGGAGGUGGAAGGUGCCUCCUAGAGAGCAUCUCUGUUGGAGCCUAUUCUGUGUCUGUAAAGCGUGAGAAGCAACCCUGUUUUUUCUCUCUUCUGCUUUGGCCGCGCUGAGUGUAGCUGCCAGAGAAGAAGACGUGAAGCCCAUUGAAAUUGACUCUCUGUGCCAAAACUGGGAUGGAGGGAGUAAAAUGGCUGACUUGAAGAGAAUGGUUUCUUACUAGAUUUUUAUGCAACUCUGUUAAUUCAAAUCCAGUGAGAUGAAUGGGGCAUCAAAUAAAGCAUUGGGCAGGAGAGACA